AUGAGUAAUUUCCCAGAUGGUGGCGGUGGAAUAUAUAGUGAUGACUAUACAUCAUUGAAAUCUACCACAACAAAUGCAGAAACGGUCAUUAUUAAUUCUAAAACUAGGAUUAUCAAAGGUUCUCAAAGCGUAUAUGCAUUUCAACCAUGUAAAAAUACACUUUUAUCAUUUAGUUUCGGUUCCAGUCCUUCUCUUGAGAUAAUUGAAGAUUAUAGUUUUAGCCAAUGUAUCAAACUUCAGAGUAUCGAUCUUUCAUUAUGCACAAAACUAAUCAAAAUUGGCAGUUAUGCAUUUUCUAGAUGUUCAUCAUGUAUAUCCAUCAAACUCCCAAAUUCAGUAACGAAUCUUGGUCAAAACGUAUUUGAAUUAAACAAAAUACAAAGAUUUGAUUUACCUUCAGCAAUAACAUCCCUUCCAUAUAUGUGUUUUUUUAGUUGUUCUUCGCUGACAGAGAUAAAUAUUCCGCAAGAUAGUAGUUUAACAAAUAUCGAAAAAUGGUUUAUCAGAAAAACUUCUAUUACAAGCUUCCGAAUUCCAACCAGAGUCGACACAUUAAGUGAUGGCAUUUUUGAAGAUUCAAAACUGGAAACUGUUAUGGUUAGCAAAGACAAUCCAAAUUAUGAAGUCACAAACAAUUUAUUGAUAGAUAAAAGAACAAAAUAUUGCAUUUGUUGUCCACCAAAAACAACAGGAAAUGUUGUAGUACCUCAAGGUGUUGUGGUCAUUUCUUCAUCUUCAUUUAGAUCUUGCACAAUAGAUAGUGCUCAAUUACCAUCAACUUUAAAUUCUAUUUGGGGAUAUGCUUUUGCAGAAUCUUCAAUUACAUCUAUAGAUAUUCCUGAUGCUGUAAUAGGAAUAGGAGUUUCUGCAUUCAAUGGAUGUAAAAGAUUAAGCUCAGUGAAAUUUCCUGCAUCAUUAAACUUUAUUGAUCAAAAUGCAUUUUAUGGAACUAAUUUAAGUCAUUUGGAAUUCCCAUCAGGUUUGAAAACAUUAAAUUCUGGAUGUUUCAUGAAUUGUCCUAACUUAAAAGAAGUAGAACUUCCUGAAGGUAUAGCGAAGUUAAACGGGCAAGUUUUCGAUAGUGGUGUGAUUAUCCACUUUAAUCCUAAAUCAAAUUUCUAUAUUGAUGAUCAAUUUUUAAUACUUGACAAACAAAAUACAACUGUCAGCCAGUAUAUUGGUUCGAAUAGCGAUGUUAGUAUUAGGUUCUUAUCAUCUAUUUCUACAAUUAAUACUAAUGCAUUCAAAGGAAAUAAUAACAUCAAAUCAUUUAUCUUCCCACCAGAUUCUGCACUAAGUACUAUUAAUAUAGGAGCAUUUAGUGGAUGCAGUAGCGCUACUUUCGAGAAUCUUCCAACAAAGAUAUCUUUUAUUGGUAAUAGUGCGUUCUUAGAUUGUAUUAGAUUGAAGAGUCUUGUUUUUACGUCAUCACUUAAAAAUCUAUCAUCUAACAGUUUCUAUAAUUGCAGUUCGCUGAAAGAAGUACAUAUUGAAGACUCGUCUAUUACUUCACUUCCUUCAUCAUGCUUUAGUCUAUGCAAAUCUAUUACAUCAAUUAUCAUUCCUAAUACCGCGACAUCAAUUGAUUCAUCAUGUUUUUUAGGUUGCACAUCUCUUACAACUGUCCAGUUUGGAGCAUCUUUAAAGUCUAUCGAACAAAGCAGUUUCCAAAGCUGCAACAUAAGUACACUUGAUUUACUUUCCUGCAAGUCUUUAGUAAAUAUCAGUGACUAUGCAUUCGCAUAUAACAAAUAUCUUUCUUUAAUUAUUCUUCCAGAAAACAUCGAGCGCUUUGGCGCUUACUCAUUCACUAUGACUUCAUUAACUAAUAUGACAAUACCAUCACAUCUUGUAAGUCUUGGUCCAUACUCAUUCAGUGAAUGCGGAAAUCUUGACAGUCUUACAAUACCAUCGAAUAGUGAAUUAGACACAAACAAUAUUGGUAUUGGAUCAUUCAAAAACUGUUUCAGAAUCAGGAGCAUUCAAUGCGAUAGUUCACGCUUCAGUGUUUUUAAUGGAGCACUGUUUAAUAAAGCUCAGACAUCUCUCAUCUUGUUCCCUCCUGCUUCGGCAACUGUUUUCUUUUCCCUCCCACCUACAACACGUACAAUCAAUGAAGGAGCAUUCAUGUCUUGUCUCAACCUUAUUUCAAUAUUCAUUCCAAGUGACAGCCUCACACUAAUCUCAAAUAAUGCAUUUGAAGGAUGCUCAUCACUUUCAUGGAUCAAUAUACCAAUAUGCGUUUCAAACAUUGGCAAGGAUGUUUUCUUAGGAUGUAAUAGUCUUAAUUGCGGUCUGGAAAUUGAAAACAAAAACAAAGAUUUUCGGAAAAAUCUUGUAAAAAUUUCUAAGUUGAACUCACAUUGUUUAAGCAAGUGCUCAAGCGUUUAUUCAUGCAAAUGCAAUGAGGCUCAUAUGAAUAUUAAUUUAAUACAACCAUUUAUUGUAAUGCUAAUUUAA